AUGGGGCGGGCGGGGAGUGUGAGUUGGGUGAGAUCGUGUGAGUGGGGUGGAGAGUGCAAGGGACAGCAGCUCGGAUGGCAUUGCUCAUCUCCCCUCUCCUCCUUUUCCAUCCUGCCGUCUCUGCUCCCUUGUCCUCUUUCCCGCCCUCACACUCCCUCGCCCUCUCUGCUUCCCCGAGAUCUCCUCCCUCCCACUGUGCUCCCUCGCCCUCGGUGGCCCCCCACCCUCUCACCCCCCUCCACCCUUCCCUUCCCCCAAGCAGCAUGGGAGAGGGAGCUGCAGCAGGGCUUCAGGAGGUACACGUGGAGGGAGGUGAUGGAGGCGACCAACCAGCUGAGCCCUGACAACCUUCUCGGCAAGGGCGGCUUCGGCUCCGUCUACUGGGGCGUCAUCGGCGGGGAGCAGCAGAGUGGGUGGAGCGGGAAAGUGUGGAAGAGUAGACGGAAAGCAGCAAGCAGCGGGCCGGGCAGGGAGAGUGGGACGAGUGGAGGGAGUGGGACGAGCGGAGGGAGUGGGACGAGUGGAGGGAGUGGGACAACGACUGGGGAGAGUGGCACGAGUGCAGGGAGUGGGACAAGUAAGGGGAGUGUCACGAGUGUGGACAAUAUGAAAACUGCUUCUGCUGCUCCGGUGGGCGGCAGUGCCCCAGGGGUGGGCGGCGGUGCACGUGUGGUGGUGGGCGGCGGCGUGGAGGUGGCGAUCAAGCGAGCAGCUGUUGUGGAGCGAUCGUCCAACGUCGCCACCAUGUUUGAAGAGGAGGUGAAGGCGGUGUCCAAGUUGAGCCACAAGAACCUCGUACGCCUCCUCGGCUACUGCAACGAGAACAACGAGCAGAUAUUGGUGUACGAGUAUGUGCGCAACGGCGACAUCAGCGACCAUCUAUACGCCAACUACAGCGGCCACCUGCUGACCUUCGAGGAGCGGCUGGAUGCGGCACUGGGCCUCGCAGAGGGGCUCAAGUACCUGCAUUAUCAUGCAGAGAAGCCCAUUGUUCACCGCGACAUCAAGCCCUGCAACGUGCUGCUCACAGAGGACUACCAGGUAAAGAUAGCCGACUUUGGGCUGAUUCGGUCGCUGCAGGAGGGUGCGGAGCAGGACGGCACGUUCACGCGUGUGGCGGGCACGAGGGGGUAUCUGGACCCCGAGUACAUGACGUGCGAGAAGCUCUCCACGGCGAGCGAUGUGUACAGCUAUGGUGUGCUGCUGCUCGAGAUGGUGACGGGGCGGCCAGCCACGGAGAGCGACCCAAACGACCAGACCUGCAUCAGGCACAUCACCUCCUGGGCGGUGCCAUACAUCAAUCAAGGGGAGAUCCGAGAGGUAGCGGACGCGCGCAUCGCCUCGCCGCUCAACCUGCCCUUUCUGCUGCGGAUGGCACGCACCGCCGCCCUCUGCGUGCAGCUGCCGUCCACGCGCCGCCCGGACAUGGCUGAGGUGGUGCGCGUCAUGCUGGACGCCCGCCGCACCUUCCAUGCCGCUGCCGCCGCCGCUGCUGCCGGCGCUGCUGCCCUCGCUGCUGCUGGCGGUGGUGCUGGCGGGCCGGGGGUGCAGGUAGGGGAAGCGGGAGAACCAGGAGGAGCAGGGCCUGUGGGCCUGGCGGCUCAUAUCUCAAGAGGGAUUCUGGGUGUGGCAGGGGCGCUGGGUGGGAAGGGGAGCCCGCGAGGUCAAGAGGGGGGGAGGAGUGGGCUUGUGGGUGCCAGCGGCAGGGCGCUGGGGAGUGAGAGCAUGAAGAGAUGGGUGCAUUACUUUGGCGGCGGGGGGGGAGGGCGGAGUAGGCAAGAGAGUGAUCGCUUCGAAGAGAUUGACCCAGAGGGCAUGGUGCCCACCAGGAAAGGGGGAGACAGUAUCCCUGUGGAGCCUGACGAUGGUUCUGUUCCAUCUUUUCCUCACGCCAUGGCUUCCUUACCUCCCGCGGAGGACUCGCCUGAGACCGUCCCGGAGAAGCCUCCCGAUCGUAGGGUUAGCGGCCUAGACUUCCUUCGACCUUGCGUAGCUCCACUCACACCAGAGCCUCUUGUUACCGCUGCUGUUGUUAAUACCGACGCUGACCCAUCGUCCAGCAAGGAGCCGCAACCGGCCCCCAAUCCCGCGCCUCCUCCAGCGCCGUUUUCUCUCCCUCCCGCCAUCGCGUCGUCAAGCAAGGGACCGGCACCGCCGGCCAAUCCCGCGCCUUCCCCAGCGCCCUUCACUCUCCCUCCCGCCAUCGCGUCGUCCAGCAAGGGGCCGCAACCGCUGCCCAAUCCCCCGUCUGCUCCAGCGCCGUUAAUUAUCUCACCCGCCAUCGCGUCGUCCACUAAAGCGCCUCCCUCUGCAGUUGGUAGCAGCGGCUGCAACGAUGUCGCUCCCGCGUCCGAGGGUCGUACGGCUAAGAAGGCGCGCACGGUUUUACUCCGAGGCAAGUUACAGCAGAGCACGUUGACAUUUGGCGGUGUGCGCGUGCCACCCCCGAGUGCACCCGAGGAGGAGGAGGCCGAACCUGAGGAACCAGAGGACAUACCUGUCGAUAUUACCGAGGUGGCAAAGACCGUCAAGUCCAUCACGGGCGACCUCAAGCACAGGUACAUUGACAAGAAGGCGGACUUCGGUGGGUCUGGCAACGGUUGGCUACCAAAAUUCCUGAAGCUGUAUGGGAAGAAGUCGGGCCAGAUGGUCAAAGUGCGGGGCGCGGAUUCGGAGGGCCGCCCGGAAAACCACUCGUACAUCCUGCAUGAGAGGAAGCUGAAGGACCACAAGUACAAGAGCGGCUACAAGGCGUGCGUGAAGCUGUGCCGCAAGUUCGCAAAGGACGUCGUCGACUGUCUCCUGUUUCGCCUGGACGACCUGCGGGGGAUGGGUCCAACUAAGCUGUUUCGCGCGUCAAAGUGGCCGAAGAGCAAGCAUGCGCGAGACCGCAAGUGCCAGGACUGGCUGACAGGUUGCAGCGCCCUGUUCAAGAACGAGCUCCCUGGGUUUGAUCUCAAGAAAGCCUCGCAGGAGCUGGCAACCUGGUGCCCAAUCAUGGAGGCGCACCACGAGGACGAGUCAUUUGCGUAG